ACUAACCUCCUCAUACUUGCAUUCUCAUCACGACUCAUCUCAGCUCCCUUCCCCCUACGAUCUGCAUUUAACGUUUUUAGCCGAGCUUACCCCGGUUGCUUUUGACGCCUUGCUCUACGAGCCCAAAACAGAAACCAGGAAUAAAGAAAUAAAGAAGAAUUCAAAAUGAAGACUACGACAAGCGCAUUUUUCAUUCAGUUCCUCCUAACAGCAACCCCUUUUCUUGCGGCGGCCAGUGCGCCCUACAGAUGGCCGGCCGGUAUUGACCCCUCGAAAAAGUACUGGCCGCCCGGCGAAGGGCCCCCGUCGAAGCGAUGGCUGAACGAGCUCGCCGAAGCGUUCAAUUUGAAUCAAUCUUUUACCCCAGAGUCCAUCAGUCGGGCGUUCGCCGUGAAGAAAAUUAUGGAUCCGGCUGAAAAGUUCAUGCCCGAGUAUUGGAAUUGGAACGGGAACGGGGCGGAAGGGGAAGGCAAAGGACAGCAGGUUAUGGUGGCCAACCUAACAUUUAAUUCACCAGUUAGGAGGAAUGUGUUUGACAGCUAUGCGUAUGGGGGCCUCUUCAAGAGGCAGAGCUUUCAGUGUGCUAUCGGAACCCAUGCGUGUUCUAAUAUUGGGCGCUCGCAGAGCUGCUGUAAUAACAACGAGCAAUGCUUUAAGAUUGAAGAUACUGGUUUUGGGGAUGUAGGGUGCUGUGUCAAUGGGCAAACGUGCUCUGGGAAUCUCAAAGGCUGUGGAGAUGAUAAAAAGACUUGUUCUAGUCGGGAAGGUGGCGGUUGUUGCACUGAAGGCUAUAACUGUUCGGCGCAAGGCUGCGUUCCAGCAGAAGGGCAGGUUGUAAGCAGUUCCACUACACCUACUCCUACAUCAUCGACAAGUCCGUCAAUAACCUGUUCGUCUGGCUACUACGCUUGCCCCUCCAACCUCGCUGGUGGCUGUUGUCCAUCCGGGCGUCUUUGCGGUGUGAGUGACUGCCCAGAGCAGACAAUUACUGCAACACCCGUAGCCUCUGGCGAUACAUGCCCGACAGGAUACUACACAUGCUCCGCGCAGUUCAAUGGAGGCUGUUGCAGAAUUGGCCGUGACUGCGGUAUAACUGAUUGCCCUGAGAGGGCUAUUACCAUUAGCAGCGGAACAUCUCAGGGUGCACCCGCAGUAACUACCGGAGGCAGGUGUGCGUCUGGUUGGUCGUCUUGUCCUAAUAAUCUCGGCGGUGGAUGUUGUCCAGCGGGGUAUACUUGCGCUCGCGAAAAUUGCCCUGCUGUUACCCUAACUGGGUCUAAUAUUGUCGUCUCUGGAGCGGUGGGUUCCGCUUUCUUUCUAUCUAUCUACGCAAAAAAUACUAACGGACGGGGUAGACCUUAA